AUGCUUGAUGUCAUUUCAACAUUCUCUAUUCAUUCUUGUUAAAGUAGAAGGUAUUAUUAUAAUAAAUAAAUAAUAGAAAUAGAUAAACAGGAAAUCUAUCUAAGGGAUCCACUGCAAGACAAUCAACAAGACCAACUUAAAAAUUUCACAAAAUAUAAUUAGAUGAUUUAGCUUUUAAAACAUCUCCAAAAAGUGAACAAAGAGAAAUAAAAGGAAUAUAGGCAACAAAUGAAUAAAAUAGAUAUAAAGAGAAUGAAAAUGAAAACAAAUUUGAAAGCAACAUUUAUCCAUUAAUCAUUUUUUAAAAAAGUAAUUAUUAGUGAUUAACAAAUAAGUCUCCUACCGUUAGCUUUUGAAAGAAAGUAAUUAAUUCAUAAUUUUUAGUUAAGUUCGAAAAAGAUAUUAAAUCUCUUCAUCCAUCUGAUAAAAGAAAUUUAGUAAUUUACAGAAUUAUGUGUGAACUUUUUUAAGAACUAUAAUUUGAAAUACAAAAUAUAUUGAUAUGUCAACAUCCAAUUUCAAAACUAUUUUACAUUUAUUUUUCUGAUACUAAUUAUUGUCCAAUCUCAAAAUGUUGUAACUAAAAUGUUGUAAUAAGAAUUGGUGAGGCAUUAGGUGGAGAGAUUAAAUGUUUAAAUCCUAAAUGCCCUUUAGGUAUUUUAACAACUUUUGAAAUAGAGGAAAAGAUUCUAUGGAAUUCUAAAUUAUAAUAAAAUAGAGCUAUUUCAACAUUUAUAUCAAGUGGAAAAUAUAGAACUAAGAGUUUACUAUAAUCUGUUCAAGUUCCUGAAAAUAAUACUGCUUAUGCUCCAAAAUAAUACAAAUAAAAUUAAAAGUCUUGCAAAAGAUCUUCUACUUUUUAUUAAAGAGCUAAUUAAACUAAUUACGAAUAAUUAUAUAAAUAUGAAUUAUCCAAAAAUUUAUUACUUAACUCUCAAAUAUUUAAUAAGAAUUUUGAUGAUUAAAUUGAUGAAAAAUAUAGAUAUUAAUGUAAAUUUUGA